UGCCGGGACUCAGUGUGAUCAUGUGACGGAUCGCGAGCGCAAGAGGAGCUGGUCGGUAACGGAGGACCGAAUGCCAAUCUCAUUGAGAAAGCGCCUUUAUUGCGCGUAAGAGACAGGCGGGACAGACGUUUCUAGUGCUGCACACAUACACAGACAGACAAGACACAGGAAGCUCUGGGGAGCUCGGGGAAAGGGUGCAUUUUCUCCGCCUCAAGAGGAAGUUAAGGACAAAUCUCUCGCUAAAAUAAAUCUUAAAAGGGGCAGUGGGCACGCGGGAGUCGCCUUUGCGAGUAACUUGUGGGAUUUAUCGGGAAUUGUUUCUGAAAGGAGACCUGGCUUCCCUCUCCACACGUUUAUAUUUCAUUUUGUUCAUUUAAUUUCAUUUCAUCAGCUGCGCUUAACCACUGUCAUCUCCCGAACUGCCGUAGCCUAUUGCAGCAGCGGAUUGCGCGUAAAGACAGAGACAGCAGCCUUUUCCGCGGACGAGUCAGGCACUUGCCUUCUUCACUUGCGUUUUUGUACUCUAUUUAUUAUUUAUAUUCAAGCCUUUAUUUAUUUUGGGACUUUUUCCGUCUAUUUUGGGGCGUCGGUGGUGAUUUCUGUGGAAUAUGGUGGGGGAAAUGGAAACGAAAGAGAAGCCGAAGCCGACCCCAGAUUAUCUGAUGCAGCUCAUGAACGAUAAGAAACUGAUGAGCAGUCUGCCCAACUUCUGCGGGAUCUUCAACCACCUUGAACGGCUUCUCGACGAAGAGAUCAGCAGGGUACGAAAGGACAUGUACAAUGACACGUUAAAUGGCAGCACGGAGAAGAGAAGCUCCGAGCUCCCAGACGCCGUCGGUCCCAUCGUUCAGCUCCAAGAGAAACUCUAUGUGCCUGUUAAAGAAUAUCCUGACUUUAAUUUUGUGGGCCGGAUCUUGGGCCCGCGGGGGCUCACAGCCAAACAGCUGGAGGCAGAGACAGGAUGUAAGAUCAUGGUGAGAGGGAAAGGCUCCAUGAGGGACAAAAAGAAGGAGGAACAAAACCGAGGCAAACCCAACUGGGAGCAUCUGAAUGAGGACCUCCAUGUGCUCAUCACGGUGGAGGAUGCCCAGAACCGGGCUGAGAUCAAGCUUAAGCGUGCAGUGGAGGAGGUUAACAAGCUACUCGUGCCUGCGGCUGAAGGCGAGGACAGUCUGAAGAAGAUGCAGCUGAUGGAACUGGCCAUUCUUAACGGCACCUACAGAGACGCCAAUAUCAAAUCACCAAGCGCGCAGGCACCACGGAUCAUCACCGGCCCAGCACCUGUCCUGCCGCCCACAGCCUUGCGCACGCCUACACCCGCAGGGCCCACCAUCAUGCCCCUCAUCCGCCAGAUCCAGACCGUCAUGCCCAACGGCUCGGCCCACCCUGCAACCGCCACCCUAGUGCAGCCCGGUCCAGAGUCAGGCCUGAUUUACGCGACGCCCUAUGAGUACCCCUACACACUGGCCCCCGCCACUUCCAUUCUGGAGUAUCCCAUCGACUCCAGCGGGAUUUUAGCAGGUGCAGUGACAACUAAAGUUCGAAGGCACGAAAUGCGCGUCCAUCCUUACCAAAGGGUAGUGACCGCAGACAGAGGUUAGUUUAGUUCAUGUGCUUCUACUCAUUACCAGUAGCAACUCACUGUUGGUCCUGAUCUGUUGUGAAGCAUGUGCAGUUUGAGCAUGUUAAAAGAGAGCUUGAAUUCAGUACACCUUGCUGUUUAAUAUGAUAUGUUUGUUUUAAACCCUUCAGUUCACACACACACACACACACACUCACACUCACAUGGUCGUUCCUGCGCAGGUGGAGUGGUUGACUUCAUUCCAUUAUUUUGAUGACCUUAUGAUUUCAGCAUGAUGUUGAUGAAAAAUAAUGGAGCUAUUCAUGUGAACACGGGCUUAAUUCACCCCAUUACGCUCAGCAUUUCUAUUUUUCUCUAGUUAUGCAUACACUAAACAGGCUUGACUCUUGGAGUCAUUUAAAUCGUGAAUUUGUUCUUUCCAAAUGAGCUAAAGUGACUGUUUAUAAUUACAUGUAGUGUGGAUAUACAAAUCAAAAUCCACAUUCACUAUCAAUAGGUUAUAGGCUUUUCAAAACAGAACAAAAAUGCCAUUAGGAGAUCUUUAAAGUUGAAGUGUAUCAUUUUGUCAGUGUUGAAAUAUAUGCAGUCAUUACUAUUAAGCCAUUUGUGGGUUGAUUCCCUUGAAAUGAUAGAGACAAUAACUUUGUUUGUUUGAGCACAGCUACAUUGACUUGAUCAAUGACAUAAUAGUAACGGGACAGUAUAAAACCAUACAUGAUUUUAUGCAGUUCUGUUUGAUUACACUAGAAAUUAGACACUUUGGCUUUAAAGAAUGGAAAUUGUGCCUUCAAUAAAUCUGUGUCACUAUCAACAAGUUAUUGUAAUAUUUAAAAUAGACCAUUUUAAUGUUUAUUAAUUAAUUGGUUAAGGUGUAUUUAAAUAUUGAUGUUAUCUAUCGAUGCAGGUGUGAUUGGCAGUUAUCAAAAUCUGAAUAGUAUGCGGUAUGAAUAGUAUUGAUAUGUUCUGUACCAUCAACUGACCUAAUUGAAGUGUGAAUUAGUCAUUAAAAAAUAGAAAGAAAAAAAAGUGAAUGGUCUGAUGGAUGGAGACCAUUAGUAAAAAGGCCAUAUUUAUAAAAAAAAAAAAAAAAGAGACAACUUAUGUAUUCAGAUUAAAAAUUGGAAUAUAAAGUUGACUUGACAAAUGAAAACAAAUUGAAAAAUAUUUGGUUUGUCAGUAACGCUCAAGUUCAUUGAACUCCGCAAGUCUAUGUAAAACCUGAUCAUGUUCUCCAGCGUGAUUUUAAAAUGAUCAGGGCUGCGUUUCUCGAUAACGAUUGAUCUUAGCACUUAAGAGCAUUUUCUACGAGUCAUUUUUAUGAACGUUCGCAAAAAUGCACUUAACACAGUCGCACGUAGCUGUGCUUUAAGUGCUACUUAGGAGUCGCUAUCCGUUUUUCAAGUGCUGAAAUGUCACCUUAUAGAAUGGUUUGUAAUUGUAGUACACACUAGUUUAUUGAAAUAUUAUAUUAUAUUAUAUUAUUUAUAUUAUAUUAUAUUAUAUUAUUAUUAUAUUAUAUUAUAUUAUAUUAUAUUAUAUUAUAUUAUAUUUUACAUAAUAAUGUAUAAUAUACUUAAUAUAUAUAUAAUAUCUAUAUAGAGAUGUUAUUUCCGGGUCCAAUUCGUUGCUGGUCGUCAGCAAGUCAUUUAAUUCAGUCAUUUAAUUUAGAUGUGUAUUUCUAUUUUUUUUUUUUCUGUCUAUUUAAUUAUAUUAUAUAUAUAUAUAUAUAUAUAUAUAUAUAUAUAUAUAUAUAUAUAUAUAUAUAUAGUACAAUCAAAUUCUUAUAUUAUAAUUGCACUGCACUUGAAUAAAGUGAAAGGUGUAAUCUGCUGAUUGUCCUGCAGGUGACUGCAUAAAUCUGUCUUCUUACGAUGCACUUAGGGCUUCACGAUUACUCCAGAGCACUCGUAGAUCUACGAUGAUUUUCAAGUACUACUUAAGUUACGACGCUUUUGGGAAGCAGACCGUAAUAUUAAGAUCAGUCGUACGAUCAUUUUUAUGAACUUCUUAGGCUUACAAAGCUUUUGGGAAAUGCAGCCCAGAUCAGAUAAGCAUCUUCAGCUUCAGUCUUUCAUAACAGUUCUUCGUUUAACCAAAAUUAUUUCUUGGUUUUAAUUAGAUUUUGAAAAUGAUUUUAAUUUUGUCCCCACCACAUGUUUAAAAUGAUCACAAUAAUCAUGAAUGAUUACUUUAAUGAGUACAUUAAGAUGGGUAAUGAUUUGACAAAGCAUCCAUGGUGUAAUAAUCACCUCAUCACUAUGAAACAAUUACAAAAUCAAAACCCCUCUAAUAUUUCCCUGUUCACAUGCAUCUUAUUGCAUAUAAAUUCAGUUUGCGCAGGUUAGACAUUGUGUAUUUGUGUGUAUGCGUGUGUGUAUAUGCUUACUGUUACAGAUGUUUGCUUAAGCUGGCAAAAUGACCACAGAUAUCAAGCAGAUCAGAUACUGAGAUUGCUUCCUCUCUUUUAAUGUUUUGGUUUUCAUAUCCUUUUUGUGCUAUAAAUGUUUUUAUAUAUAACGGAACUACUGCUUUGAAGAAAAUCUACUUUUGAAAACCCAUUUGCACAGAGCUUCCAGAUUUCCAGUCUGUGCAUUUGUACUGGACCACACGAAUCACUUUUUUAUUUCAGCUGUUUACUUAUUAUUUUAUUAUUAUUAUUAUUAUUUCCAUCUGUCAAUAUUUGCCUCAUUUGAUAAAGAGAUUCUAUGUGGCACAAGCCUUUUAUUUUGCACUGAAUACGUCAGAAACCUUCAUCUCCUCUGCUCUUCGUGAGUUGAAAAAGUGAAACCUACAUCAAACCUCAGACCAUGAAACUGAAACGAAUCUGUCGAGGCUUACGGUUGACCACUGCCGAGUGGACGAUAAUGUCAGCGCCACUCUGUGGAUGUGAUCGUGUCAAGAGUAUAAAUGCAUUUAAGAAAAAAAAAAAAACUCCACUUGAUACAUUUUUUAUGCUUUACUGUAAGCUUCUUUUUAUUUUUGUUGUCGAAAAGAAAAUAGUAUUUACUUGUGGCUUUUAAAAUAUAUAUAAACAUAUAUAUAUAUAUAUAUAUAUAUAUAUAUAUCACAACAAUAUAUAUAUAUAUAUAUAUAUAUAUAUAUAUAUAUCUUAAAAAAUAUAUAAAGCAGGAAUGUAUAUGAAUUGUCAAAUUUUACUUGUAUUUUGGAAGAGAUAGCAAUGGUAUUAUAGAGGGCUAUUUGUAGGAAACGGAAAAUAUGCAUCAUAGCAGCUUUAUAGCACCAUGUUAGAAAAUUUCCUAUAUUUUUGGAUAUAUGUUAGGGCUUUAUAUAUGAAUGACAGGACUUUUUCAAUGUUUAUAUGCAAAAGCAUUUUAUAUUAUGUGUCCUGUGAUUUGUCAGUAGUCUGCAAUGCUGAGGGUAAUGGCUAAAAAUCCCACAGCUUGGCUAUUAUGCUAGAAAAUUCCUUGUAGUGUUGCUUUGUAUCAUUAAGGCCAAGAUUUUGAUGUUGUUGUAAAUAGAAGAAAAAAGAAUUUCAAAAAGCAAUAAAAAAAUUUAUUGAGUAAAAAAACCCACCA